ACAAAAUGCAUGCAUGUCUACUGACAGUGUUGAUGUCCUGUGCUCAGAGUUGCCCGCUGUGGUCUGUCUGUAGGACUGAAGGACGGUUAAAUAUGGAUCCAGCAUCUCUUCCAGAGCAGCUGUCAGUUGUUAAUGAACAGGUGCUGAACUCAUCGGGCAGAUCGGUGACCGCAGCUGUAAGUCUGCGCCGCUUCCUCUGCUACGGCUCUGAGAGCGCCACCUACAGCACCAGAGAGUGUGCUCUGGGCAUAGAGAGUGCCCUGGCCCUGAUGCAGCUCAUCGAGGGGGGACGGGGCUGUGAGGUGGUGGAGGAGAUCAGACGCUCCAAUCUGGAGGGCCGCGCUGUCCGUGCCAACCCCAGCCUCUUCGCCCUGGCUGUCUGCUCGCAGCAUGCCGACUGCAGGACCAGGCAGGCCGCCUUACGGGCGCUGAAAGACUUGUGUCGGACGCCCGCGCAGCUCUUCACGUUUGUGCAGUAUAAGAAAGAGCUGAGACAGGGCUCUGGGAUGUGGGGCCGGGCUCUGCGGAGGGCCGUGACGGACUGGUACAACAGCCAGGACGGGAUGAGCCUGGCGCGGACUGUGACCAAGUGCAAGCACAGAGCGGGCUGGUCCCACCAGGACCUCCUCAGGCUGUCCCACAUGAAGCCGGCCAAUGACAGUGAGUGUUUGCUCUGGAUGGUAACCUGCCAUAGGCUUAUGUUUAUCAUUGAAAUAACCUGUAUAUUGACAUCUAAAGGCUGGAAAGGGGUUCAGGAAGCGUAUGGUGAUAAAGAGACCUCCGAGGAUGUGCAGAAGGUUUUUGCGUAUCUGGAGGCUGUGGAGAAAGCCAAGCGCUGCACUGAUGAACAGGAGCUCAUUCAUCUCAUCGAGGAGCAGAGGCUGGAGAAAGAGCAGAUCCUGACCAACCACCUCAAGUCCAAAGAGGUAUGGAAAGCAUUGCUGAAAGAGAUGCCCAUGGCUGUUUUAUUGAAGCAUUUGGGGAAUCUGACAGCAAACAAGGUUCUGGCAGCAGCAAGUGCAGAUGUUGCAGCUGUUUGUGAGAGGAUUCAGGAUGAGACGGCUCUGAAAAAGGUCAGCAUUUUAAGACAAUGGUAGCAUCCAGCAAAUACAUGAAUGUCAUUGCAUUAGAUACCAAAUGGUGUCUUCAAACGAUUGACACGAGAGCUUUUAUAAGAACUUUAAUCAGCUUUUCAAUCAAUUUUUAGUGGAUGUGUGAAGUCAGUUCUCCUGCACACAUAUGCCCGAAUAGAGA